ACAGCGCAGGAGAACGAGGCGGAGAGGAGGAGUAGGCUACAGGACAGACGCGUUUUGUCGGGUUAACUGUUGAAAUAGAAUCGUGCUGCCUACUCGUUAGAGCGAACAUUGCAGCCGAGAGAGCACACGGAGCAGUAAGUGUUCAUGUCGAGCGGCUGUUACGCUGUUUCUCCGCUAAACAGCGACGCAAACCGUGUUUCAGUCGGGAUCGCACCUGCCACGGGGGCAUGAACAACAAAGCCUGAUCCAGCACUGCGCUGUGCGGCAACUAACCGAGCCAGGCUACCAACGAAAACAUCGAAGAAAAUUAAUUUAUAUUUAAACCCACGCAGGAGACAGGUGCUGUAAGGGCAGGUCUGUGUGCACGCUGCUUUUUGGACCUCCAUAUUUGCAGGCCGACCCGAGUCGAAUCGUGCCCUGCAGCUUUUUUUCUUUCUUUUUUUUAAUUAACACUUGCAUGUGCGUCUUACUCUCGCUCGGAUAUAUCCGAUUAUUUUUUAGGGUCGUGUGGGAAGAGAACAGGCCUCCAUCUGGGCUUUUAAUAAUUGAAUAACCCCUCCUGGUCGGAGCAGUUUGAUGGUCGCCGUCACAGUCCCGUGUGUUCAAUGUUCCCUUAAAAAACCAGGAGAAAUAUGUGGGUCAGUCCCGAAGAUGUGUUACUGGCAGGCGCGUUGUGGAUCACCGAGAGAGCAAAUCCAUAUUUCAUCCUUCAGAAACGGAAGGGCCAUGGGGACGGAGGCGGAGGACUGGCGGGUUUGCUGGUCGGGACCCUGGAUGUGGUCUUGGACUCCAGUGCUCGUGUGGCCCCUUAUAGGAUCCUGUACCAGACCCCAGACUCCUUAGUAUACUGGACCAUCGCUCAUGGAACGUCCCGUAAAGAGAUCACCGAGCACUGGGAGUGGCUGGAACACAACCUGCUGCAGACCCUGUCCAUCUUUGAGAACGAGAAUGACAUCACCACCUUUGUCAAGGGAAAAGUCCAGGGCAUCAUCGCAGAGUACAACAAGAACCACGAUGUCAAAGAAGACGACGACACGGACAAGUUCAAGGAGGCCAGCGCCAAGUUCCGAAAGCUGUUUGGCAUGCCGGAGGAGGAGAAGCUGGUCAACUAUUACUCCUGCAGCUUCUGGAAGGGCAAAGUGCCGCGGCAGGGCUGGCUCUACCUCAGCAUCAACCACAUUUGCUUCUACUCCUACUUACUGGGAAAAGAAGCCAAACUGGUGGUGCGUUGGGCCGAUAUCACCCAGCUGGAGAAGAGCGCCACUCUCCUGCUGCCUGAUGCCAUCAAGGUCAACACCCGCCUCAACGAGCACGUCUUCUCCGUCUUCCUCAACAUCAACGAGACCUUCAAGCUGGCUGAGCAGCUGGCCAACAUCGCCAUGCGGCAGCUGCUGGACAACAAAGGCUUCGAGCAGGACCGCUCGCUGCCCAAGCUCAAGAAGAAGUCUCCCAAGAAGGUGUCGGCACUGAAGAGGGAUCUGGACGCCAGAGCUAAGAGUGAGCGUUACCGAGCGCUCUUUCGUCUGCCCAAAGAUGAAAAACUGGACGGGCACACAGACUGCACCCUGUGGACUCCCUUUAACAAGAUGCACAUCCUGGGUCAGAUGUUUGUUUCCACCAACUACAUCUGCUUCACCAGCAAAGAGGAGACGAUGUGCAGCCUCAUCAUCCCACUACGUGAGGUUACCAUUGUGGAGAAGGCAGACAGCUCCAACGUGCUGCCCAGCCCGCUCUCCAUCAGUACCAAGAACCGUAUGACUUUCCUGUUUGCAAACCUGAAGGACCGAGACUUCCUGGUCCAGAGGAUUUCUGACUUCCUGCAGCAGACCAGCUCCAAGAUCUACCUGGAGAGGGAACUCACAGGCAGCCUGAACAGCUCAGAUGAUGAGGCUUACUCUCAGCAUGGAUCUCUGCUCUCCAGCAGCCCACAGCACAGUUUGGGCUCAGAAAGCGAGCGCACGUUCAACCUCAACGACAGCAGUGUGCCCACCGCCACGCAGGCCCUCAUGACAUUGUACCGCCGCGGCUCACCCGAGGAGUUCAAUCCAAAGCUGGCUAAGGAGUUCCUAAAGGAGCAGGCGUGGAAAAACCACUUUACAGAGUAUGGGCAGGGAGUGUGUAUGUACCGCACGGAGAAAACGAAGGAGCUGGUCCUCAAGGGGAUCCCAGAGAGCAUGAGAGGAGAGCUGUGGCUGCUCUUCUCUGGGGCAAUCAACGAGAUGGCCACCCACCCCGGAUACUAUGAGGACCUGGUGGAAAAGUCGAUGGGAAAGUACAACUUGGCCACAGAGGAGAUCGAGCGCGACCUGCAUCGCUCUCUCCCCGAACACCCGGCCUUUCAGAACGAGAUGGGCAUCGCUGCGCUGCGCAGGGUCCUCACAGCGUAUGCAUUCAGAAACCCAAACAUCGGAUACUGUCAGGCUAUGAAUAUUGUGACAUCUGUGUUGCUGCUUUACGCCAAAGAGGAGGAGGCUUUUUGGCUGCUGGUGGCACUCUGUGAGAGGAUGCUGCCCGACUACUACAACACCAGGGUCGUAGGAGCUCUCGUCGAUCAGGGUGUGUUUGAGGAGCUGGCCCGUGAGUACGUCCCUCAGCUGUACGACUGCAUGCAGGACCUGGGGGUCAUCUCCACCAUCUCGCUCUCCUGGUUCCUCACCCUCUUCCUCUCCGUCAUGCCGUUUGAGAGUGCAGUGGUGGUGGUGGACUGCUUCUUCUACGACGGCAUCAAGGUCAUUUUCCAGCUGGCGCUCUCCGUGCUGCACGCCAACAUCCACCAGCUGCUGGGCUGCAAGGACGACGGAGAGGCCAUGACUGUGCUGGGCAGAUACUUGGACAGUGUGACCAAUAAGGACAGCACCCUCCCUCCCAUCCCCCACCUCCACUCCUUACUGACAGACAACGGUGAACCACAUCCUGAGGUCGACAUCUUCAAACUGUUCCGCAGCUCCUACGAGAAAUUUGGUUCGAUCCGUGCAGAUGUGAUUGAACAGAUGCGCUUUAAACAGAGACUGAGGGUCAUCCAAACCAUUGAAGAUACGACUAAACGCAACGUGGUCAGGACCAUUGUAACAGAGACUGCCUUCAGUAUCGAUGAGUUGGAGGAGCUCUACGUGCUCUUCAAGGCAGAGCACCUGACCAGUUGCUACUGGGGUGGCAGCAGUAACCCCACAGAGCGGCAUGACCCCAGCCUGCCGUACCUGGAGCAGUACCGCAUUGAUGUGGAGCAGUUCAAAGGCCUCUUCGACCUGCUGUUCACGUGGGCCAACGGCGUCCACUCCGACCCGCUCGCCCUGCGCUUCUUCCGCCUGCUCGACCAGAACGGAGACGGCCUCCUCAACUUCAGGGACUUCAUCAAUGGCCUGGGUGUUCUGUGUCAUGGAGACCUCACAGAGAAGCUGAAGCUCCUUUACAAGAUGCAUGUGUUACCUGAAAUCACCCAUGAACAGGAGGAGCCGGACUCUGCCUUCGAGGCCACUCAGUACUUCUUUGAAGACAUCACUCCAGAAACAUCCAUUGGCAACGACUCGAAGUGCAGAAAUGAGAGGGACGAUGGCUUCGUCAGAGUUACAUUUAAGACUGAAAAAGUGAAGAAACUAAACACUCCUGAAUGCCGCCAUUACCUGAAACUGUGGAACCAGGAGACAAAACCUAAACUAGAAAACAUGAAAGACCUCCCCAAGCUCAAUCAGAGCCAGUUCAUUGAGCUUUGCAAGACCCUGUACAGCAUGUUCAGCGAGGAUGUAUCUGAACAGGAGCUCUAUCACGCCACAGCCACAGUCACCAGUCUGCUGCUGGAGAUGGGAGAGGUGGGGAAGCUCUUCUCCUCCUCCUGUGGCAGAAGGGAGCACAACAUGGAGAAAUCUGAGCCAAGCAUGUGCAGGAGAGACCCCAAAGAUCCCAAAACCACCCAGGAGGAGCCUGCGUCAGACGACACCUUCACUCCCCCAGGUCUGGAGAACAAGCCGAGCCCAUGUGAGGAGGGCAAAGGGGACGAGCAGCUGCCACCUAUGCAAGACAUCAAGCUGGAGGACGCGUCCCCUAAAGACACAGGCACGUCCUCCGCCAUGCUUAUCUCAGACGAUGAAACCAAAGAUGACACCUCGAUGUCGUCUUACUCGGUGCUCAGCGCGGGUUCCCACGAGCUGGAUGACAAGCUGCAGUGCGAGGACAUCGCAGAUGACACGGUGCUGGUACGCAGCGAGGACGGCCAUAAUGUUGAAAGAAGUAGCCGAGCUCGCGGCGGUGAACCACAGGACAGAGGUAUGCCUCACAGCACCAGCAUCGAUAAAGACUGGGCCAUCACGUUUGAGCAGUUCCUGGCCUCUGUGCUCACCGAGCAGGCCCUGGUGCACUAUUUUGAAAAGCCGGUGGACGUGGCAGCCCGUAUAACCAACGCUAAGAAUGUGCGUAAAACUGGGCGCCCCCUGUCAACAAGUGACUAUGAGAUCUCGCUUUCUGGCUGAGGCCGUUUUUAAAACAGGAUUUCCAGAAAGACUCUGCUGUUUUAAAGGGAAAAUGUUCUCAUCAGUCAUUGGUGUGAAAAAUGUCUGUGAGUCAUUUAGAGGAGAGUGAAGGUCAAUGUAAAAAUAAGUGUGUAUGAUGGUUGAAUGAAUGUGACCAAAAAACUGCUCUUAGCGGUUUAUUUUAUCAGAUGUGAAAGACUUUUAUUAUAACAAUCACUAGAUUCUGUCCAGCUAAGAGGAAACAGGACGUUAUGAAUAGUAAAGGUUUGCUACAAUGAAAUCAGUGUGAACAUGUAGUAGCUGUACUGUAUAACACAAUAUGCAUAGGUGGAAAAUAUUUAAUCUCUAGUUCUCUUAGGCUAUAUACUAGAUGUAAAUGUCCACAGGAACAGAAGAAUUUCAAACUGAGAUGUUGACGUCUGUGUACAGUCACCAAACAUUAUACCUGCUCAAACCUUGUUUUUAUUAAUUUUACUUUUACCAUUCCAUUUGCUGAAAUCCCAAACUAUUUUGAGUUUGUCUAUCAUUGACAAUAUGAGGAAAACCCCCAAAACACAGCUGUGGAAAUUCAAUGAUAAAGUGAACUGUCAUGUAUUGCUGGAAACACAACUAUUCUCUUUAUGAAAUGAUUGCUCCCUUGAGGUUUUCUCUGGAUAAUUAUCGUAGUUGCAAACACUUUAUACAGUAAAAGUUAUGGAAACAAAGAAUGAUUUAACCUCUUUAAUUUAAAAGACACACCUGAUGGUCACUGAGUUAUAAGGAAGUCAUGUGAGCUAAGAAAUAAUAAUUACACUAUAAAGUACAGUUAAAUAGAGAGGCUGCACUACCUUUAUGUUUACAACAUGAUGUGAUUCACUAACAUGUUUUUGCUUGCCAUCUACAUACUGUAGCUGUUGUUAUCUGCACUCCAAACUUUAAUGUCUGCCUUUUUAUUUUUUAUUUUGCACAUGUGUUUUUUUAUCUGUUUUGCUCUGUACAUUUUUACACUGCUCUUUUCAAUGUGAAUAUUUUUAUUUUUUAAAAGUCCAUGUGUUGUUACUCUGGAUUCUGAUGCAUUGUGUGUGUCACUCCAUCUAAUUAAAGUACCAGUAGGAUUGA